UUCAAUCUUACGACUAUGGUUAUUUGGGCAAUUACAAACAAUAUGGCCAAAUAACACCUAUUACGUAUGAUCUUAAAAAAGUUACUGUACCCAUGGCUUUAUUUUACGGCGCUAAUGAUAUGGGUGUUAUAAAAUCGAAUGUCCUCGAGAUAUAUAAACACUUGCCGAAUGUUAUUCUGCUAGAGGAAAUUCCACAUAAAUUAUUUUCGCAUUUUGAUUUUCUAGGGGCCAUCGAUGUUAAAACUUUAUUGUAUGAUCGUGUAAUAGAAUUACUUCGAAAAUUUGAUAAUCAGACGUAAACAAUCGAUGAUAAAUUAAUCUAUUAUAUGUCUGAUACUUUCUUGUUAAAAACAUUUAUCUAUUUUUGGUAUUUGAUUGGCAUAUAUGUAUAUAAAAAAUCAAUGUUUCUUUCUUGU